AUGGCACCCAAAGCCCGCAACGCGUUGCGCGGAACCGGGCGCAAGGCGAGCGCAGCAGAAGCGACACCAAAGCGAGGUCGCCCAGCGAAGUCAGAUACCGUGGACGUUGCUAUCGAGCCGCCGAAGAAGCGCGGUCGACCCCCCAAGGCGAAAGCAAACGAGCCUGAAGCUGAGAUCGAGGACGCGCCUCAGCCCAAGAAACGCGGUCGCCCAUCUCUACAUGCGUCUAAGCCUGAAGCCGAAGAAGAUGUACCAAAGAAGGCCAAUGGAAAGACCAAGGAGGCAGAGUCUGCCGAAGCUGAAGAAGAAGCGCCUGUCCCCAAGAAGCGUGGACGCCCCCGCAAAGAAGCGGCUGCUCAAGAGGAUGCUCCUAUCACACCAAAGCGCGGCCGUCCAGCAAAAGCAGCAGCUCCGGAUCUCAAUAGAGUGACUGAUUCGCGUGUGGGAAAGCGGACAUCGCCUCGCUCCAAACCUACCAAGGCUGCCGCUGCUCCACCUCGUCAAGACCCACGCAUGCAAUCCAAGUUGCGCACACGUCUGCCUCCAGCUAAGAAGAUCAUCGAGGAACAGCCUACUCCCCAGCCGGCCAGGAGAGGUCGCCCUCCUAAGAAGGCAGCCAAAGCCGCUCCCCCUAAGAAGGAUGUUGGACGUAAGGCUUUGGACGCAGGUAUCAAAAAGCCCACUAGGCCCUUGGCCCCACGUAAGAUGCGUGGCCACACUGUGCGCCAGAUUCCCGACAAAUACAUUGCUCAGGUCGAUCAGUUUCUCCAUGAGCUGAUGACAGCCGACUUGUCUGACGAAUCGCCUGUUGAAAAUGAGGGUGACGAGGAUGGUGAGGACCAAGAAGAAGCACAAGACGAUAUCGACGGACUUCCUGAAACCGACCUGGAGCCUACUAGCGAUGCGGCGGACGACGAAGGUCAUGAGGGUGGCCUGGUCUCUUCAGAGCAGGACCGAGAGGAGUACGAAGAUGUGGAAGAUAGGGAAGAGCUUGGCGAAGGCGCUGGUAAUGAUGCGGAUGGCCAGCAAGACGAUGCACAAGAUGAGUACGAAGAAGAAGACGAGGUUGCAGUUGCUCAAUCUGACCAACUCGAAGAGCAAGAACAGGAACUAUCUGAUGCCAUCGAUGAGAAUAUGUCUGUUGAGGGCGACGGACCUCUACAAGAGGUACAGCCAGAUGGUAGCAUACAGGGUACUUCUAUUUUCGAGCAAAGCAGCCAAGAAGAUGCUCAGUCCGGCGAGGACAAAGAAAACGCUGUCUAUGAGACUUCAGGGCCGUCUGCUCCCUUCAUCUUCGGCUAG